CGGAGCGGGGCGGAAGACAUACACUCUCUCUCCCUCUCUUCAUCAUAUCUAGCUAUCUAGCAACCCGCUAUCAAGCCGCUAACCAUCUAUCAAAUCCAUACCUACAUAAUCUCAUGACUACCUGCCUACUCGCCCCCCUUGAUCCAAGUAAUUAAUCCUCAACUUGGCUCUCAACAUGCUCAUGGUUAUAACCUCUCCACCGAGCUGAUCCAUGAUAGACCUGCCUACAUAAUGCCGCUCAACCCAAGAUCCCUAGUCAGGGCCUCGAGGCUUGGCUCCGUGGCCCGACAACCUAAGGCACAUCGCAUCUUCCUCUCCUCCGGCGGGAAACUCCCAGGUGGCGCCCGGGCCGAGUCGCCUGAACAAGCCAUGCCGAUCGGUCUCUACUACGAAGCGAUCCUCUGGCAGCCGGAACCCGUCCCCAAAGUGAAGCCGCGGGAUGCUCCAGCCGUCGCCCCCCCCAAGUCGCCGCCACCCCCUCAUAAGACGGCCCCCGGAAAGGAGCCCGGGAUUGGCGCUGCCGGGCCAGCGACAACCUCCCCUCCGCAAUCCCCGGUGCGGCCGGCAACAGCGCAGGAAAAGGCACGUAUCAUCUUUGGCUCGCAGCUCGCCGGCCCUGCCGAGCGGGCCGAGCGUCUCGAAGCCAUGCGGAACCGAAGUACGCUAAUUGCGGGCAUCUUAGUCCCACCACGGCCCCAAGAACCCGACAACUGCUGCAUGAGCGGGUGCGUGAAUUGCGUCUGGGACCGGUACCGGGAUGAGAUGGAGGAGUGGGCGUCGGCGUCUGCGGCGGCCGAGCAGGCGUUGCAGGCGCAGCGGUCGCCAAGGCCGCCUGAAGCCGUCGAGGCUGGUGGCGCCACGAGCAUGGACGACGAUGGCGGCGGUAGCGAGACGAACUGGUCGACGGACGCGAAGAUGCCCGGCCAACCUAAGAUCGCCAAGGACCUCUGGGACGACAACCUGUACAAAAAUAUACCGGUGGGCAUUCGGGAGUUUAUGAAGCAGGAAAAGAGGCUAAAGGAAAAACAUCUUAAGGAGGGCACCUUGGGCGGCUAGACAAAAAAGAAAAGAAAGAAAGAAAGAAACCAGAAGGAGAGGACUACGCGUGUACCCUAUACCCCUGAAGUCGAGCAGCAAUAGACCAAUUCGGUAGAAGCUGAGCGCUGCUCGGUUUGAUCCUACGCGGGGAGCACGACCUACUCUGCCCCG